AUGGCUGGUAGCACCGACAUUACGCCCACAGAAGUGGCCGAUUAUAUACAUGUAAAUGGCACAGAACACAAGGUAGUCGACGUCGGGAGUGGUGGAGAUAUCAUUCUCGAAGUUAUGUUCGAAAACACGAAAGCUUGUACAAAGUCGAUUCCAAACGAGACGAUUCAGAAGUUGAAGAUUUCAAAAACGCCGUUCCCGUUAGCACGAGUGUUCUAUCGUGUCCGUCUCGAUACUCUGAAGAAGCACUCCAAGUAUUUCGAGCAUCUUCUCGGCUCAGAUAAAUUUGGAGAAGGUCGAGCUAUAUCUGCCAAGUUUGCAGAGUUGGCUCUAUCAAGUAAAAAUCCAUCAAAGCUACCGGCAGAAGAACUCCCCAGGAUACAAAUAACAGAUGAGGAUGAUGCAACAAGGACCAUUGGAAGGGAGACCGUUUUCCAUGAUAUGCUCAAAAUUGUUCAUGGCAUGGACCAUUCCAGCAAAUCUAUUACUCUUCUUCAUAUUGUCAUCUUGGUGGUAAUGGCAGAUAGAUAUGACUGCAGGGCUACGAUCGCACGAUACAUUACAGGCAGAUUCUCAAAUUUCCGAUACCCACCAACCCUCGACAAAACUACGGAAGAAGUUGUGCGGCAGAAGAUCUUGAUAUUUUACCAUACAAAUCAAGCAUUACGCCUGGCCACAGCCACGAAGGAGCUCAUUGCUCGUGGUUCAUCUCGUUGGUCAAACUACGAAGAGGCAGGUUCUGACUUUGUAGCGGCUUGGUGGGAUCUACCAGAAGAUUUAGAAGCUGAGCUUUCCUAUCGCCGAUCUCGAAUCAUUUUCACGAUAUCCUCCCUUCAGACAUAUUUCCUUUCCCUGUACACGUCUCGAAUACGACAAUGUAAAUUGGGCUAUGAUUCGUCAGCCGCCUGCGAUUCCUUCCAGCUUGGUGAAAUGGUCAAGUUCCUCACGAAGAAAAACCUUCUCUCGCUCAUUCCAUUUCAAGCGGUUUCUCCAGAAGACCCCGAAUUCAUUUGGCCCGAAGCAUACGCUGGUGAAAUUGAGCAGCUUGUUGUGUUAUUGCGUCAAUGUCCAAGCUAUCAAAUUGAUAAGAACCAUGGUCAUUGUGGUUUACGUAGUAAAUUACUUCCUGCCCUGGACUACAUCAAAGAGUGUCUGGAUAAUGGUAUCGGCAUUAAAGUCAAAUUUUGGAAAACGGAAAGAUCAACACAGACCUGGAUUCCUAGAUCUUCAACAAACACUAGCAGCACCAAGAAGGCAUUUGUUGUAGAAGGUAAAGCACUAGGAGACGAAAAGCCAGAAAACUUCUUCGAUUUUAGAAGUCUAAGUAGGGAGGAUCUCAUGUUUGGUGGAAAAGCACUUGGCGUAGAUAGAGCGGCGAAGAAGCUGUUCCUAGCUGAGAAGUGGGAUUGGAUAAGGGAUGUAGAAACGGAGAAGGAGAGAGAGAGGAUGUCAAAGUCAUCGGUAUUUAGAUUUUGA